AUGAGAGAGGAAGCUGAUGCUGCUGCAGAUGAAAAUGGCGAGUGGUUAAUAGCAUAUGUGAAUUUCCAUCUUCUGAUUAUAUGCAGGGGAUCGCAAGAGCAACAAUCACAGGAUGGUACUUCACAGUCACAGUCGUGGUAUCCGCCAUCAGUUGUAAGUUCACCGAGUUCAUCAAGGCCUGUUACACCGUCUGGAUCUUCUUCUUCAUUGUCACAUAGGCCUUCUUCUCAUGUUCCACCUUCUGAAGCUGCUGGAGUUAUUGCCGUUUUGAAGGACAAGAGUGUUGAUGAGUUGCGGAAGCUUUUAUCUGACAAAGAUGCGUAUCAGCAGUUUUUACAUUCGCUUGACCAGGUCAAGAUUCAAACUAAUCUGAAAGAUGAACUUUGCAAGGAGAAUGUACAGCUUGCAGAGGAAAAUCUCCAGAAGGAACCUCGUAUCAUGGAACUUAGGAAUCAAUGUAGAAUAAUUCGGACAACCGAGUUAGCUGCCGCAAAGGAGAAACUAAAUGAGCUUGAGAAGCAAAAGGAAGAAAUGUUGAAGUUGAAUUCGCCAGCAUCCCUUAUCCAGAGGAUUCAAGAGUCUGCGAAUAAGACUGAAGAGGAAUCUGACAAUCUACACCAGCAUUUCCUUGACAGAGAGAUUGAUCUUGGGGCUUUCUUGCAAAAGUACAAAAAGCUACGUACCACUUACCACAGGAAGACUCUCAUACAUCUUGCUGCCAAAACAUCAACAAUAUGA